AUGCAUCUCCUACAAUGCAUCAGUCUCGGCCUGCUCCUGGUGGAAAGCAGCGUGCAGUUGAGCGUGCGGCGGGGCAUCGAGCCAGAACAGAACGGUCACAUUUCCAAGAGAGCUUGGGAUGAUGUAAAUAAAUGCAUGGAGGAGCAGUGCUUGAACGGCGUGGCAUUCAUUCUAAUACGCGACACACUCAUGACAACACCCGGGGGGAAGAAAGAGCUCGGUGAGAAGAACGCGCAAUGCAAAAAAUGGUGCCAGAAGAAUUGGAAUACGAUCGGAAGCGACGACCAAAAGUGGGCGGAUAUCUUGCUAAAUGAAAUGAAGGAGCCGGACACAGCGCAGUCAGGCGCUCCGGUGACAAGCGCUUACACGCCGUCGUCAGCCGCUUCGGGACCAGGCGGGCGGUAUUGUAACGUGAGAUAUUCAAAGGCGUACACGAAGGCCAACAUAAAAUUUUCGAAGACGUACACGAAGGCCGACGUAAAGUGGUCAACGUGGGCGUCUCGGUACAAUGAGGCCACGACACACUGCGAAGAAUCCAGCUCAGAAGAGUCCGACAACGAGGAGGCCCAGGAACAGGCCCAACAGGCGCAGGAGGCGGCUCAGAAGAAGGGAAAAAAGAAGGGAAAGAAGACAGGAAAGGGAGAUAAUAAGAAAGACUGGCAAAUGGUUAUGAGGGGUGAUGGAACGAUAGGUUGGAAAAACAAAAUGACAGGUGUGAUUCAGUGGUCUGGAUGA